UUGAGUGGGAGGGCACGGCUGAGCGCGUGGCAAUCCACUGGCCUUAUAUCCUUCUAUUCGACUCCCGUUUCAUCGAAGUCAGACACGUAGCAACAGGUCUACUCGCACAGAUCAUUCCUGGAAACGAGAUACGCUGUAUUUGGGAUGGUCGUGGCACCUGUGCCCCUCCAUCGACUGGUUCGGAAAGUUUCCAGCAGAUCAUGAGCCUUGACCCCCGGAUACAUUGUGUCAUGGCCGCACCGGAGCCCGUUCAACACGGCGCCGUUGGGCGUCCUCGCUCAGUGGCUCAGCAUGUAUUUGAGCUGAUACCUACCAUGCCGCUCUAUCCGCCUGGCGCACCAGGGUCACCCAACAACUCGACGUACUUCCAGCAGCAGCAACCCGCUUCUCCACCCCAGUCUCCCCACCCCCUCCCGACGACAUCCCGGAGAUGAUUAUGUCACACACAUGCAUUCUUGAUGCUUGUGCACAUUUAUUUCUACAGAUGUACAUUCUUGUGGAUUUCUUCGUCCUUGUUUUAGGAACUUACAUAAUUUGUAUCAGUGCUCAUUCGCAGUCUUCUCUAGAGCGUCCUGUAAUCUGGUUUCUGGUAAUCGAUAUCGAUUUGAUGACCG